CAAAAAUUAAAAAAUUAAAAAAAGAUGUUCUGAAGAGAUUAAAGGAAGAAACAUAAUAUAAAAAGGAUAAAAUAUGAUUUUUAUAGGAAAAAAAAGGAAAAUAGACAAGAACAAAGAUUUCUAAUAAGAUAAAACAUAAAGCAUGAUUUUUAUAUUGAUACUAUAUUUUUUAAACGUUAUUAAUUGUUAUGAUUCAAGAAUGUCACUUUUUUCUCCGUUUGAAGAAUCCCUAUCUGAAAAUUGGGACAUGUACGGCUCAGUAAAAAUUCAGGAGAAUAGAAUUGUUUUUAUAUCACCAGAAUAUGAGUUAAAUACAGGAUCAAUAUGGCAAAAACAUAGAAAUAUACACGAAGAGUGGUAUGCAAAAAUUUCGCUAAGCUUAACCCAUAUAGAAAGUGAAAAUUUUGGAUUUGCUUUAUGGUAUACAUCAGAAAGAGGAAAGACUGGGAUUGUUUUUGGAUCGAAAGAUCGUUGGGAUGGACUGGGGAUUUUUUUAAAUAUAGGAUUAAACAAAAAACCUUCUAUUAGAGGACAUUUGAAUGAUGGAUCUAUGGAAUAUUCGAAAUUCAAGAAUCCGUUAAUUCAGGCAUUUGGUGCAUGUUCUAUUAUUUACCAAAACCCUAAUGAAACAUUAACUUUUAAACUUUCAUAUUCUAGAGGAAUAAUACAAAUUGAACUAAAUGAUACUAUCUGCUUUAAAACAACACAAAUAAAUCUUCCUUCAGAUUAUUAUUUUGGGAUUUCUACACAAUCAGAAAAUGGAACAGAGUCUCUUGAAAUAUAUAGUUUUGAAGUAGAUGAAAUGAAAAAUAAUUAUGUAGAUUCAAAUGAAUAUAUAUAUACAGAUAUUCAUAAGGAAGAUAAAAACAUCAAGAAUGAUUCUAACUCAAAUUCCGCUAAGAUAUUAAAUGACUUACCUACUCUUUUAAAUCAGCUAUUAAAUAUAACUAACGAACAAUUAAUAAUUAAAAAUACUGUAAAAAAUAUAAACGAAUCUUUGAAUUCUUUAUCUAAAGCUAUAUCUAAUUCAGAAUCCAAACUUUAUAGAAACGAAGAAGAAAUAAUUAAUAUAUUUUCAGAUAAAAUGUCAAGAUCAAUUUCAUAUUUACUUGAAUAUAAACAAAGAAACGAAACUUUUUUAAUGCUUAAUUUAUUAUCAGAAAGUAUUGCAGAAAAAAUUACAUCGAUUAAUUCUAAUAUUAAAUUUUUUAUAAUUAUAAAUAUAAUAAUACAAAUUAUAUUAUUAUUAACAUAUAUUAUAUAUAAGAGAAGAACAGAUGAAUAUCCAAGGAAGAUUCUUUAG